UUUUUUGCUCAGCCCUUGUCAACAAUCACAUGUCGCUAUGCUCAAAAUUUGGAACCGAAACUCCAACCCGUUUUGGAGCAAUUCAAGAGUGACCGCGUUCACGUGUUAGUAGCGCAUCCUGUAUUCUCAAUGCGAAGUUCGCAUCACACCGUGAUAAGAUUAACGAAAUCAACCAAAAAUAUCCAACUGUCCACUUCCAAUAUCAAGCCUGUCAUUCGUUCACAUCCAGACUUCAACGUCGACCUCAAAAUCAUAAUUUCCAAACGUCUUUCAGUAAAAUCAAAAAUUGAUUUUGUUAUUCGUAUCCGGUUGAAAAUGAGACUCAUGAAAGAUUUUCUCUCCGACGACAAAAAUAUGGAUGCCCUGUGCGAUAGUACGGAUCUGGGUGCUACACUUUUGAAUUUUUUGGAAUUAAAAAAAGUUAUUACGGAUGAAAUACUAGAUAAAAUUAACAACGAAAAUGGAAAAAUUAACAAGAAUACGAUACUGUACAAAUUUUUGCGAGACUCGCGUGACGAUGAAGACUUGGACCAUAUAAUAGCUGCGCUAGAUGCCAGCAGAAACAGUAAAGCGAUGGCAUGUUUUGUAAACUUGAGAACCAAAAAAUUACAAAGUGGGGAAAAUUCAGGGGCUUGCAAUACUCCCUCGUUACCACCAACCACGGCUGUCAAACUAACUACAAUGUCCAUCUCCAAAAUUGCUGAUCUAAUCGAAAAUGAUUCGGAAAUUCUUGAGAAGAUUACGACUUUGAACAAAACCUUUGGCGUUGGUGAUGCAGCUGUGUCUUCUGCUGUUAAAAUGUAUAAAAUGGACACAAAAACUGCAAAUUCCCUACUUUACCAGAUUUUAACCAAGUGGAGGUCAGCCAGGUAUGACGCGGAUGCAAAGGGGUCGCAUUUUUUGGCAAUUUUACAAUCUGCCGGAUACCGUGGGGCUGAAGAAAAUUUGACCCGAGCUGGAUUAGUAGAUGAUACACAAAUCGUGUAGAAAUAGGGGAAGACUUGAAAUUUGUAUGGUUGGCGUUUGCAUUUUCUUUAAUUUUUUAUUUAUAAAACUAAAUUUUCUUUUAAAUAAAAUGCUUAUUAUGUACUGUA